AUGGACGCCUCCUCCCUCCGCAUCUCCAAGUUCGAUGGAACUAACUUCCACGCCUGGAAGUUCAAGAUGCAGAUGGUGCUGGAGGAACGGGACCUAUGGGAGGUCGUCAGCGGUGAGAUCAAGGCGGAACAGUGCGAGACUCAGUUGGACCAAGCGACGUACAAGAGGAAGUCAAGAAAGGCGAUGGCAGUGAUCUGUCUAGCCAUGGAAGAUUCCCAGCUACCGUUGGUCCGGUCGGCAAGUGGUGCAUGCGACGCAUGGUCAAGGUUGGAAGACCACUUCGAGAAGAAGAGUCUUGCCAACAAGCUGUUCUUGCGCCGUCGCUUCUUCACGACAAUGAUGGAAGAAGGCGACGAUGUGCUCGAACACAUCAACAAGCUCAAGACGCUGGCGGAACAGCUAGAAGCGGUGGGGGCUCCAGUCUGCGAGGACGAUCUGGUGAUCACACUCCUCGGCAGCCUGAGUGACUCGUAUCAAUUCUUGAUCACAGCUUUGGAGUCGCGCUCAGACACUCUUAGCUGGGAGCUCGUGACGUCUCGACUGCUUCAUGAAGAAAUGAAGCGGAGGGAGCAAGGAAGUAAAGGUGAUGAAGCUUCGCAAGGUCAAGCGUUCAUCACAAGGGACAAUCAGCGCAAAGGGCGACCAGUGAAGAAGUCCUGGCCGUGCCACAAUUGCGGAAAGAUUGGUCACUGGAUGGCGGAGUGCCCCUCGCGCAUCCAAGAAAACACGGAGAGACACCGGCCACAGCGUGCUCAAGACAGCGGCGACCGCUAUCGAUCACAACGUGCAAACGUCGCUCAAGAAGAAGACUCGGGCGACUACCUCUUUUCGAUCGGUGAAACGACAUCUGCGAAAUCGAGCGACAUCUGGCUGGUCGACUCCGGGGCGACGCAGCACAUGACGUGCUCCAAGAAGUUCAUGCGGAACUACAAGGGGUUUGACGCUGUGGAUGUCCAUCUCGCGGAUGAUGGAAUCGUCCAAGCAAUCGGCAGUGGGGACAUUGUCAUGUCGAUGAAGACACCCCAAGGGAUGAAGAAAGGUGUGCUCACAAACGUGUGGCACAUCCCAAAGUUAUCCAGAAACCUGUUCUCGGUCGGCCGCUUCACCAAGGAUGUCGGCCCAGUGACGUUCACGAAGGAUGGGUGCUAUGGAGAAGCGAAAGGGACCAAGUGGAAAAUUGGUGCCCGUGAAGGUAAAGGACUGUUCAAGCUGCAAAUGACUCCAGUGGCGCCGGAACAAGCAAAUGCAGCCAAGUCGUCGGGAUGUCAAGGGGGCACCAAGUCGUACCUUUGGCACCUUCGGCUUGGUCACAUAGGUCACGAUGGACUCAAUUGCAUCGUGACGAAGAACAUUGGAAUUGGCAUCGACAUAUCUUCGGUGAAGAAGUGGGACGUGUGUGAAGGUUGUGCUCUGGGAAAACAGACUCGAGUGCGCUUCCAAUCAAACACUACAGCUCGCACCUCCAAACUCCUCGAAGUGAUUCACAGCGACGUAUGCGGACCGAUGUCGAUGGCAACUUUCAGUGGAAAACGGUACUUCGUGACAUUCAUCGAUGACAAGUCAAGAUACUGUGUCGUCUAUCUGCUCAAGAGCAAAUCUGAAGUUGCGGCGAAGUUCAUGGAAUACGCUGCGAUGGCCGAAACGCAAACCGGAAAGCGCGUGAAGUACCUUCAAAGCGACAAUGGGGGUGAAUACAAGUCCGACAAGCUGGCACGAUUCUGCGCGGAACGGGGAAUACAACAAAGGUUCACACCCCCAUAUACUCCUCAGCUAAACGGAGUAGCUGAGAGAAUGAAUCGCACGCUGGUCGAGUGUGCGCGUUGCAUGAUGGAACACGCUGGACUGGGAAAGAGCUACUGGGGUGAAGCAGUGAUGACGGCGAUGUUUCUUCGAAACCGCUGUCCAACACGUGCCAUUCACCAAGACAAGUCUCCAUAUCAAGUGUGGACGAUGAAGAAACCGAUUCUGGCCAACCUUAAAGUGUUUGGAUGCCACGCGUAUGUUCAAGUGCCUCAAGACAAACGCGCGAAGUUCGACUCCAAGUCAUCACUCUGUCGUUUCCUGGGAUACGCCGAACACCAGAAGUCAUAUCGAUUUGAGGAAGUGUCAACAGGAGCGAUCAAGAUCAGUCGCGAUGCCACAUUCAUGGAAGACAAGUUUGAUGAAGGUACGCGCAACUACAACGAUGAGUCAAGUGUCGUUGAGUUUGAUGAUCAUGAUGAGGACGAAGAAAAGAAGAAGGUAAAACUGACGACGACAUGGACUCGAGCGACGAUGACAACGAAGACACCAGGUCUUCGAAGAGCAACAUCAAGAGACACACGCGCACUCAAUCACUUGAGAAAGCUACCGUCAUUCAAGUCCCAAGCGAAGAACAUACAGAGGUCCGUCGCUUGA